UUGCCAACUUUUCAUGACCCAUGGAUGAGUAGUCGAGGUUUUGCUUCUGACAAUUGAAUUCUGAUUUCUGCCUAUUCACGCCGCGUCGCGUGUAAAUAAAUAAUACAAUUAAUUGUGCAGAAAUAAUAAUUUUUUAAUAUUCCGUAACAAGGAUGAGUUCUAUAGGAACAGGGUACGAUCUCUCGGCGUCACAAUUUUCUCCUGAUGGUCGAGUAUUUCAAGUGGAAUACGCACAAAAAGCGGUAGAAAAUAGUGGCACCGUCAUUGGCCUUCGUGGCAAGGAUGGGGUCGUAUUUGCUGUUGAAAAGCUGGUCACUUCUAAGCUUUACGAACCUGGUGCUAACAAGCGUCUAUUCAAUAUAGAUAAUCAUGUUGGGAUGGCAGUUUCUGGCCUGUCUUCCGAUGCACGACAAAUCGCUGAAACUGCGCGCACGGAGGCAGCCAGCUACCGUGCUCAGUACGGCCUAGGAAUACCUCUGAAAUAUUUGAAUGAUCGCGUGUCAAUGUACAUGCACGCUUACACCUUAUACUCAGCUGUACGGCCCUACGGCUGUUCGGUUAUCAUCGGAGCAUACGAAGCUGAUGGCCCAGCAAUGUACAUGAUCGAUCCAUCCGGCGUUUCUUACGGCUAUUACGGAUGUGCUAUUGGUAAAGCAAAACAGUCGGCCAAAACUGAGAUAGAGAAAUUGAAACUUGCCGAUAUGUCCUGUAAAGAUUUGAUCAGAGAAGCAGCGAGGAUAAUUUAUUUGCUGCAUGACGAAUUGAAAGACAAACAAUUUGAGUUGGAAAUGAGUUGGGUUGGAAAUCACACGAACGGUAGGCACGAACGUGUGCCAUUCGAGAUAAAGGCAGAGGCUGAAACAAAAGCACGGCAAGCAAUGGACGAAGAUUCCGAUAGCGAUACCGAAGACAUGUGAAACGUGUGAUGAAUAUUAUUAAAUUUAAUUAAGAAAUGAUGUGUAAUUUUGAAAAAGCUAUCACGAAGUGUGUAUAAAUUGCUGCGAAAAUACAUUCUUUGUUUAUA